CCUGCGGCGCUGACCUUUUCUAUGAAAUAGCUGGAAUUGUCGAGAGCGAUGCAGGAAUUCAACAUUGAGUAUGACAAGUCCGAAGUUUCCUGGAGGCCCUUAACGCCUCACACAGGUCCCAGCAGAUCAGAGAGCAGAUCUCAUGGAGCUGCUGUUGUCUUUCUGGUGCUGAGUGUUUUCCUGCUGGUCGGACUCGUCGGCCUCGGUGUCCACUACCACAAUCUCUCCACCGUCAAAGACCACCUGACGGAGCGUCUCCGGGCCUCUGAAGCCAACCUGACGGAGCGUCUCCGGGCCUCUGAAGCCAACCUGACGGAGCGUCUCCGGGCCUCUGAAGACAACCUGACGGUGCGUCUCCAAACCAUUGAAGACCACCUGACGGAGCGUCUCCGGGCCUCUGAAGACCACCUGACGGAGCGUCUCCGGGCCUCUGAAGCCAACCUGACAGAGCAUCUCCGGGCCUCUGAAGACCACCUGACGGAGCGUCUCCGGGCCUCUGAAGCCAACCUGACGGAGCGUCUCCAAACCACUGAAGACCACCUGACGGAGCGUCUCCGGGCCUCUGAAUACCACCUGACGGAGCGUCUCCGGGCCUCUGAAGCCAACCUGACGGAGCGUCUCCAAACCAUUGAAGACCACCUGACGGAGCGUCUCCGGGCCUCUGAAGAACACCUGACGGAGCGUCUCCGGGCGUCUGAAGCCAACCUGACGGAGCGUCUCCAAACCACUGAAGCCAACCUGACGGAGCGUCUCCGGGCCUCUGAAGACCACCUGACGGAGCGUCUCCGGGCCUCUGAAGCCAACCUGACGGAGCGUCUCCGGGCCUCUGAAGAACACCUGACGGAGCGUCUCCGGGCCUCUGAAGCCAACCUGACGGAGCGUCUCCAAACCAUUGAAGACCACCUAACGGAGCGUCUCCGGGCCUCUGAAGAACACCUGACGGAGCGUCUCCGGGCGUCUGAAGCCAACCUGACGGAGCGUCUCCAAACCACUGAAGCCAACCUGACGGAGCGUCUCCGGGCCUCUGAAGACCACCUGACAGAGCGUCUCCAGGCCUCUGAAGAACACCUGACGGAGCGUCUCCGGGCCUCUGAAGCCAACCUGACGGAGCGUCUCCGGGCCUCUGAAGCCAACCUGACUGAGCGUCUCCGGGCCUCUGAAGACCUCCUGACCUCCAUGUCCGAGGAGAGAGAGCUGCUGAACUCCAGCCUCACUCAACUGACUGAAGACAUGGACAGACUUCAGCGUUGGUCCAAACUGAGUAAAACGUGUCCUGCAGGAUGGACGACGCUCAGUAGUUCCUGUUAUUUUGUCUCUUCAAGCUCUGCCUCCUGGGAAAAGAGCCGAGAGGACUGCAGAGACAAAGGAGCAGAUCUGGUGAUCAUUGACUCGCUUGAAGAACAGAAAUUCCUCUCAAACAUCAUCAAGCAUUACACUUGGAUUGGUUUGAAUGACAAAGACCACGAGGGCAACUGGAAAUGGAUCGAUGGAACUCCACUGACUCAGCCUGCGUACUGGAACAGUCCACCUGAUAACGGGGGAGGAGAUCCACAGUGGGGCGAAGAGGACUGUGCUGAAAUGUUACAUUGGAGGGAAGCAGAAGUAAGCUGGAAUGAUGUUGGGUGUAAUAACUCAAAGCGAUGGAUCUGUGAACAUCUGGCUUAAUGUGUUGGGGUUCAAGGGUCAUUUAUUGUCAUUAUGCAACACAGGGAUGCACAACGAAAUCCAGCUGGAGCCCGUUUGUGACACAACACAAAAUCAUUAGUGCGUUCCUGUCGCUUAUUCUUUUUACUUUGCAUCGUGAGGAAUGUAAACAGGAGCUACAGAAACCACCAGAUAAUACGGCCGACAUCUUCACGUUAAGGAUUCCUUUAGUGCGGGAAGCUGGCAUCUUUAAAAUGUGUCUGUAUCCUGUCUGUGUAUCUGAAUUCACUUAUAAUAAUAAUAAUAACAAUAAAGCUGAGCUGUUUUCCUUCA